AAACCGGAUGUGACCCUCUUAGGGUUUGUUGCUAAUGCUAAUGGCCCCGGAACGGUAAGGCAACACUCCGAAGAUGGCCGGGGUGUUUGAGGUGGAGGUUGAUGGUGUAGAGCACGACCAUGGACUGCAGCAUCACGAUGACAACAGCCAGUUUGACGUGUCCCAGCUUUCACCAGAAGAGAAGUGGAGGGUGGAGCACGCGAGAAUGCACGCCAAACACAAAGGCCACGAGGCCAUGCACGCAGAGAUGGUGCUCAUCCUCAUCGUCACCCUUGUCGUCGCCCAGCUUGUCCUCGUGCAGUGGAAGCAGAGGCAUCCAAAGUCAUACAAUCUGGUGACUCUGUUCCAGAUGUGGGUAGUUCCUCUCUACUUUACUACCAAACUUCACUGGUGGAGGUUCCUGACCAUCUGGUUUAUCUUCUCUGUCAUCACAGCGUACAUCUCCUACCGUGCCACUCGUAAGCCGCUGGCCUGCACCACACCGAGGUUGGUGUAUAAGUGGUUCCUCCUCCUCUACAAGAUCAGCUACGCCACAGGAAUCGUUGGCUACACUGUCGUCAUGUUUACACUUUUUGGUAUAAACCUAAUAUUCAGGAUAAAGCCAGAGGAUGCAAUGGACUUUGGUGUUUCGCUGCUCUUCUACGGGCUGUACUACGGCGUCCUGGGGAGGGACUUUGCAGAGAUGUGUGCAGACUUCAUGGCUUCAACGGUUGGGUAUUACAGUGCAUCCGGCAUGCCGACCAAGCACCUCUCUGACAAUAUCUGCGCCGUGUGCGGUCAGCCCAUCCUCGUAGAUGUCAGUGAGGAAGGGAUUAUUGAGAACACGUACAGAUUAUCCUGCAACCAUGUGUUUCACGAGUUCUGCAUAAGAGGAUGGUGCAUUGUCGGGAAGAAGCAGAUGUGCCCGUACUGCAAAGAGAAGGUGGAUCUGAAGAGGAUGUUCAGCAACCCCUGGGAGAGGCCACACGUCAUGUACGGACAACUUUUAGACUGGCUUCGGUACUUGGUGGCCUGGCAGCCUGUUAUUAUUGGCUUUGUGCAAGGUAUCAACUACGUCCUGGGUCUGGAGUGACCUGCGACCGUCAUGAAUGGACAUACACGCCAUACGGAGAAGAUAUGCACUGGCUCAAAAGACUGAGGGCCUAACAUUGAACUAAAACACCAAUAAAAAAGUGUCUAUAGUUUUUUGUAUAUAUUUAUAGGCACAUAUUAUCUGUAUUUACGGUUUAUUUGAAUUUUAUCGGUAAUCUGAAUUUGGAUGUUUGUGUCAAUCUCCCAGGAUUUGCUUCACACAUCUUAAUAAUUGGUUUGUGCAUCUUAUGGCCUAGUAAAAAAAACAGUUGUCCAAAUCAUUAGAGAGGUGCUUUUUACUAAUUUAUGUCUUAAGUGUUUGUUAAUACUUAGUUAAAGGAUCUUGCUGGACCUUUUCACCCUCAUGUCUGAUGCUAGAUCACACACAUGAGUAAUAAACAUUCAUUGGAAGUAAUCCCUCCCCGUGCCUCCAGAAUACUAGCCCACAGUAUCAGGACUUCCUCAGGAGUCAUCUUGCCACUAUGUCAUUGAAUAUGAUCGAGGGUAACACCACGACUGACAUAUUUUGACCUCACAGAGUGACUCAACACAGAGUUUCUUAAGAGUCAUUUGUCAUGUGACAAGAGGCACCGUCACUUCUCAUACGGUGCUUGUUAAGACGGGACUUUUAAUGUUACCGUAUUUUAAAAUGUUUUCACAAACACUCAUCCUUACAAACUAGCAAAGCAACUCUUAUUUGCUUUGACCUUCGACAUUCAACUGACUCUACCAGCUGCUUCUUUCAGCCGUAGAAACUUUCAACAGCACGUUGUCUGGAUUAUUCAUAGUUUCUGUUGUGACACAUUCCUGUGUCUCGUUUUUCAAUGCUACUAAACUGUAAUUCACCUCCACUGUGUUGCGGCGGCAACAGAAAUCUCAGAGAUAAGAUAUCAAACAGCAAAAACUGUGUGUGGCUACAUAACCCCUGGAGGUAAGUGAGCACAAACCAAAGCUAUGAUAUCACCCCAGAAUGAUCCUUUAACUCGGUGAGAGUGUUGAUGGUGCCAGUCUUAUUUUUACUGUUCAGGUAUCUUAUUGCUGGAAGGUGUUGGGUCUGUUUUUUUGCAGGUACUGGUCAGACAGCACAAGCCUCAUAACACCAACUGUGUUUUUACUUGAACCUCUACCAACAUCACACAGUAAAAGGGACUGUGUACAACAAAGCUAAUAUGAUCUUUUUAUUGUUCUGUUGUCAUUUUUUUUUUUUUUUUGGAGCAAAAUCUGUUUAAUAAACGUCCCAUGGUUCAGAUCUUGUCCAGGUAUUGUUCACUUACAUUGACAUCAUGACACUUAAGGGUGAGAUGUGUGAAUUAGUCACCGUGCUUUAUUUAUGUUUUGAGAACGUGUCUGUCAACACAACAUCCCCAAAACAUGAGUCGGCUUUAUUUGGAAAUUCCCAUGUGCCAUACGUCUACACAGUAUGAGUGAGUGGGUGUACUUAGGGGAAGUGGAAUUGUUUGGAUUUGCUAUAUAUACACACACAGAACAGCAGACAACGCCAAGCUCUCAGUGGAGAAGUCAGUAUGAAGCUGUCGUCUGUCAUCAAAGCCUUUGGACAUCUGUGUCUGCUGCUUGCAGAUGGAUUUCCAGUUUUGGAGGAUGAAUCUCCAGAGAUCAUUGGGCCACAUCACGUCCAGAUAAAGGCUAAUCCAGGCGAGCGGCUGGUUCUUCACUGUGAAGCAAUUGCAAACUCUGAAGAUGAUCUGACGAUCAUCUACUGGCUCGUCAAUGGAUCUUUCCCUGAAGAAACAACCAGCAGUGACAGGAUAAUAGAAUCAGAGGAAUCCACUCUUGAAGGUGGUGCGAUCCUACAGAGGAGUUUGCUGUUGAAGAACGUCACAUCAGAGGACCUCAGAUCCACCUUCACCUGCGUGGUGACAAACUCUGCUGGAACAGCCCAAAAGAAAACUACGCUAACAUCGACAACAAGUAGGGACUGUCGUGGGAGAAAAAACAGAAAACACUAAGUGUUAGUGCGGUUAAAAUGUGUAAUUCUCAAAGAAUCAGCUUUAUCUGUGAACUGACUCCUUGUUCUCCUCAGUGAGACUCAGGAAAAUGUGAAAUGAAUCCUUGUUAUUAAUAAAAACGAGUAAACAAGGA